AUGGAAUAUAAUUCAGGUGCUAGUAUGAUUUUACCGGAUUCUAUUGAUCUUAUCGAAAAUGAUUUUGAUAGUGAAGAUAUUGCACAUGAACAAAUAAAACAAAAUGAAAUAAUGGAGUUGAUCGCAGCAGCAUUUGAGGGAAAUGAUGGAUCUUUUGAUGAUGAUGAAGAUAACGAUGAUGAUGAUGAUGAUGAUGACGGCAGGUCAUUAAAUACAUCCGAUUCAAGUUAUCACAGUUCAGAUGAACAACAAAUAUUAUAUAGUAAUAAUACUACUGAUGAACAUUAUAUUCAACAAGAAAAUGAGUAA